AUGAAGAGGAACCCGAAGCGACUCAAAUAUGCGGGAGGCUCACGCCAGGCCAACGACGUGGAUGUGGUGACCGUUGACCCGUCAGGAUCCGAUGCUUCCUGGAAGCUUCGGGGAAUUGCAGAUCUGAUCAAGGAAGGCGCCGUUGGGCUCAUCCCGACUGACACUGUAUAUGCCCUGGUGUGUGACGUCAAGAACCGAGAUGCCAUUGACAGACUCUACCGUAUCAAGCAGUUGGACCCCAAAAAGCCUCUGAGUAUCCUCUGCCGCAACUUCCAAGACAUUGACACCUAUACGUUGGGCUUUCCUCGCGGCAAUGGCCAUGGGCAGACAAACAUUUUCCGGGCUGCCCGACAAUGCCUUCCUGGACCUUACACCUUCAUUCUCAAGGCGAGCAAGGCCAUGCCGAAACAAUGCACCACGUUUGGCGGCAGUGCGGUGGCGCACUGCGCGCCGAGGAAGAGCGUGGGGGUGAGGAUGCCCCUCGACCCUGUUUGCCACUCACUGCUCGAGCUGCUGGACGACCCUCUCCUCUGCACCAGCGCCACCAAGAGCUCAGACGAACGCUGGUUGCUGGACCCCUCAGUGGUUGGACUCACCUACCGUUCUGAAGAUGGGUCAGAGGGCGUGGAUUUCAUUGUGGAUGGGGGUGCUCGCAUGCCAGAGCCAUCCACAGUGGUGGAUAUGACUGGUGACAGUCCAGUGCUGCUGCGGCGAGGACAGGGAGAGGUGGAGGACUGGAUGUUGAUGGAGGUGCAUGAUUCUUCAGAAACAGCUGCUGCAGCGCUGAUUAACCCCAACGGGAAAAUCAAUCCAUAUGCCGUGAAGUAG